AAAUCACCACACGCCGCCGCCGCGGCGUAGAGCGAGGGCGAAGAGAGGGCAGCAGCAGGAGCGACGAGCUGCGAGAGACGGCGCGACUCGCAUGGGAGCACGCAGCGGCGCUAGCCGGCGACGGCGUCGUGGUCUGCUCAGGCGCAACGAGGUAGCAGGUCAUCUCCGGCUAGGUAAGAAAGCCUCGAAAGUAUGAAGCAUUUCACUUGGAUUUGUCUCCUUCUCCACCAGCAGCACAUCAUAUCAUCUCGGAGGCCCAUGGACGCCGGGGACACAUCUUGCUGGGCGACCUCGCUGCACGCGGACCUGGUCCGCCUCAUCGGGUGGCGGGUGCUCGCCGGCGAUCUGCUCGACUACGUCCGCUUCCGCGCCGUCUGCCCCCUCUGGCGCUCCAGCACCGCCCGCCCGCGCGGCCGCGGCCUCGUCGACGCCCGCUUCCGCCCGCGGCAGUGGAUGGUCAUGGCCGAGAAGUGCGGCCUGCACCCUGGCCACCCCGAGCUACUAGGGUACGUCCGCUUCUUCAACCUCUGCACCGGCUACUUCGUGCGCUCCCGGAUCCCGCUCUUCGAGAACCACAAGGUUCUUGACUCGGCGGACGGCCUCAUCCUCUUGCUGCGGGAACAAGACCACACGGUUCGCCUCCUCCACCCCUUUACUGGUGACAUUGCGGUCCUUCCACCGCUCACAACACUCCUGAGAGAUUUCGGAGACGGGUUGAAUUUUUCAUCGCGGGAUUUGUCGGCUUUAGGAGAUCUCAGUGCAACCUCUGUCAGUGUGAGCUUGGAUGGAGUCAUCACGGUACUGAUCAUCUUUUCAUGGCUAUCCCGUGUAGCCUUUGCUUCCUCCGGCAUAGACCACCAGUGGCGUGUCUCAACCUGGAGCUUGACAAGCCCACUUUGGUGGUCAGUGUCAUUCAAAGGCAGGCUGUAUGUCUUAUGUUACAAAUACUACGGUGAUGACCCACAGUUUUUCCAGAUUGACCCUCCCCAGCAUAAGGACAUGGGCUUAAGUGAUAGACCAAAAUUGAUUGCCACAUGUCGGGGCAAAAUCCAGCCCCCUUUUCACCUGGUAGCAUGUGACUCGGAUAUUUUUAUUAUCGGCUUGAGCAAUAUACCAAAUUCUGUGCACAUGUUAGUUUACAGAUUAGCUGACCUUAUCGUAAACAAGGUUGUUCCGGUAACAAGCAUUGGAGGUAAUAUUCUCUUUGCCAACUAUGUAAGCAGUCUCAGUGUGAGCGCUAGGGCACUGCCUACCAUUAUGGGUGACGGUAUUGUAACAACCGCUCCAGGGGACAUAUAUUUUGGGAAGAACAACGAUCUUGGGAUAUAUCACCUCAAGGACUGCACAUGGUUGCCAGCAGUGGAUGCAGAUGAAUACCAUGACAAGUGGCUUUCUAAGCCUUCUUCUCCUCGUAACCUCGUUCAUCGUAUCUUUUGGCGCCGUUUUAACUUGGAGAAAUUUGGAUAUUAUUUUUCAUGGAAUAAAACUAGACCUAGUUUGGUGAAGACAAACUGGCGAGAUGAGGUCUAAAUGUUUCUUUUACACUGGAGGUGUCUUUUCUGGAUCUUCUAUGUGUUCUUGCUGGCCCUGAUAGGUGACUAGCCCUGAUUGUAUGUUAUGGUUGCUGCCAUGCUGUGAUAGAGAUGCUUUCCUUUAUGCUAAAUUAUUGUGCUUCUGGAGCACAAUAACCUGUAGUUUCCCUAUCCAUGGUAAAUAAUGUCUUCUAUAGGGAAAAACGGAGAAGGAAACAAAGUAAUCUUGUUUCAUGGCACAAUUUCAUGGCACAGUAAACCCCACAUGUCAGAUGUAGUAUGCAUAGCUAGAUACCAUCUAUACUGGUAAUAGGGGCAGUACAUGGGCUGUUUUGAGUGAUUAACAUGUAAUACGCAGUGCUGGAUAUCAUCUAUGGUAGGUAAAAUGUACAGUUCUAGCAAGAAGGGUGUUCAUUUCCAGUGA